AUGGAAGAGAGCGUUGAUAAGAAGGAAUACGUUGAGGACCCGCCCUUACAGGCGACGGGGUGGACCGACCCUGAAUGGGGUGAGGACAGCUUCGAGGGUUGUACCUCUCCACCGGUGAAAUAUUUUGAGGAUCCAGAGCAUGAAAAACUAUUGCGCCUCUGUGCACGCCAGCUCAUCGAGUCCAAGCAGUAUGUGAUUCGGAGAGUUUGGAGAGCUCUAACGGUCACGAUCAAACCUGGCGCGAGUACUUUGCAGAGAUGGCCUGCCUCUGUCUCGGAAUAUACAACGAGAAAGAGGUUUUAG